GCCUCUCAUUUUCUUCCGUCACCUCGUUUUGCGCGUGCGCCCCUCGACCCUGUCUUCCGCGGGCUCUUAUAGCGGCGGCCGGAACCCUGGACAGAUCGAGUGACCGAGCGAGCUAGCAAACGAGGGCUCGGGCAAUCCGCUCGAAGGCUUCGGGACAGCGACGCCGCGACAUGGGGGCCCCGCUGCUGUGGCUGCUGGCGGCCGUGCUGCUCUGCGCUCGGGCCGCCUCCGGAACCGCUGGCUUUAUAAAAUCACCACUAUCCAAAAAGAAAUUGGUGGAGGACAGUGUGGAAUUACACUGUGAGGCAAUUGGCAGCCCCAUCCCAGAGAUCCAGUGGUGGUUCGAAGGAAACGAACCUAAUGAGACCUACUCCCAGCUGUGGGAUGGUGCUCGGCAGGACCGCAUCAGAAUCCAUGCCACCUACAAUGAGCAUUCUACCAGUACUGUCUUCAUCUCUAACCUCACAGUCAGCGACUCUGGCACCUAUGAGUGUCGGGCCAGCAACGACCCCGACCGCAACCACUUGUCGAAGAGUCCCAAAGUCAAGUGGGUUCGUUCCCAGGCAAACGUAAUUGUCAUCGAACGAAGCACCGUUUUGACGGCUAUAGAUGUUUCUGGCCAGAGAACACUCCUGACCUGUAAAUUGAAUCAAGCUUCAACUCAAAUUCAGGGUCAUCGUUGGCUGAAAGGUGGCAAGGUGUUGAAAGAGGAUACGUCGGAUAGUACAGUCACAGAAUAUGAGGUUUCGUCAGAUGAUAGAUCCGGGGAAUAUCAGUGCGUUUUUCUUCCAGAACUUACAGGAAAGGCUGACAUGCAAGUAAAAGGUCCCCCAAAGAUUACAGUUAACAAGAAGUUAGAACAUGGGAAUGAGGGAGACUCAAUAAUUCUUAAGUGUAAGAGUCAGUCCUAUCCUUCUAUCGAACAGUGGAGUUGGUACAGACAACAUGAGCUUGAAAAUAAUACAAGCAUUUUAAAUGGCACUGAAGGGAGGUACUUCAUAACUGAGACCCCUGAAAAAACAGAGCUGCUUAUUCAAGAAGCAGAUUUGGAGAAGGAUCCUGGAAAAUAUAUCUGCAAAGGCUCCAACUCGGAGGGCUCAGAUUCUGCUGUGAUCACCGUGAAGGUCCGAAGCCGUCUGGCUGCCCUCUGGCCCUUCCUGGGCAUUGUGGCAGAGGUGCUGGUCCUGGUCACCAUCAUCUUCAUCUAUGAAAAGAGGAGAAAACCUGAUGAUGUGCCAGAAGCUGAACCCCCACGUGAUGAGGAUGGCGGAUCUGCCCCACUGAAAAGUGGCGUGUCUCCAAAUGACAAAGGUGGACAAAAUGUUCGUCAGAGGAAUGGCAACUGAGCAAAGAUGACUUCUGAUGAAGACCUCGCCUGGAUGGAUGUGUGUGUGUUUCUUUGCAAUGUAGCAUGGAGUAUAUUCCUAACGUACCUUGCAAAAUCCAAGUUGUCUUCACCAAAUUAUAGCAAACUAAGCUGUAAAUUCAAGUACUUUUUAAAAUUGUCGGAGGGUGGUUUUUUUUUUAUGUUUUUGGUUUUUGUUUUUUCCCUCCUACAUGUAAAUUUUUGUCCUUUGGCCACCAGUCAGUCUGGUCUCUGGCAUCAGUCCCUGGGGUUGUGGGGUAAUAGAUAUCACGGUCUGCGUGCCUGUCCUCUUCUGGAUUUCUCUACCCUUGUUCUGGGCAAUGAGUCACAGAAUUGGGGAGAGUGUUCUUUUGGCAGGGAGAGUCCUUUCUUUUUUUAGAGGCCCAUUUGCCAAUAAGGGAGAAGAUUCCAUAGCGGCUGGCCGUGUGUCCUAAAAGGGUAGAGUAUGUAAUAGUGUGUUGUUUGGGGGGACGGUCCAGUGGGGCAGAAUAUAAUCUGCUUCUCCCCAACUAAUCAAAUGAGGUGGCUUUAAAAAAAAAAUUUGAUCCUGCUAACCUGCCUGUCUGAAUCAAUUGCUGUCUUGUCUUUUUAAAGAAAAAACAUUUUUAAAGCCACAAGUGUUACUUGCCUUUCUUGGGAGAUGUUCAAAUGACCUUUUCUGUGUGACAUGAUCUGACCUCAGUGGUUAAGAAUAAGUGAUGGGCAAGUAGCUACAAAGGCCCCUCUCAUAUUCCCUGAAUGUUCUCACUGGCAGUUUGCCCACACCCUGAAAGGUCCCUUGCUCCUUUGGUUCAUGGUGUAACAUUUGAUAUCCCUGCAGGGAAACUCACACCACCUGCUUAACAGAUAUUUGAGUGUUAUGUUAAUCUCAAUGUUCCAAGCUUGCCAUUCAUGACCUUUUCUUCCAAAAUGCUACCUUCCAGCUAGACCGUGUAAAAAGCGGAAUUGGAAAUCUGGCGAGGGUGAUUGUGGUAAUAACUUACUGCACAGACUUAUUUGGUAUCAUCAUAAUAUCAUUGGCACAGUGGAGCCAACCACACAGUAGGUGGCAGGACUAUUGUGUUUUUGUAGACUAGACGGACGUAUAACAGUUGGUUAUCUUUAUGUGCACGUAACAGGCAACAGUAAAACCUUAUUCCACUUGAAAUGUUGGCUCCUUGUCCCCAUCUGCCCUAGGAACCUGUGAGUGCAUAAACACGUGUGUAGUCUGUGCUGAUUGCCAGUGUACCCCUAGUAUUUUGAGACACCCCUGCCUGUUAACAUUUCAUCAAUAAAGACAUCUUUUUCCAUUUUCCA